UGACAUAAUAUAUAUUUAUAAGUUUUUCGAAUACAUUGUUAAUUAAUUUCUCGAAUUAGUAAGGGGUAUAAGCGUGAAUAAAGGAGGAACAUAUAACGAGAAACAGUUCUGGCUUCUAAUGCGUUGUGCCUUCUAUCCUAUCAUUUACACCCUUUAUCGCAUUUCCGGGCUAUAUUAUGUCUAGGGUAUUCAUAUGUGAUGUAAACAAAUACUCCGUACCAUGAACUGUCAUCAGGCACUUCGGUUAGCCGUCUUGUGGGAGGUAGUGGAUAAGCGUACGGGGUUUAGUCGAUGGAACGUACGUCAAAACGUCCACUUCAAAAAUUUUCUUUUUACGCUAUGAUCGAAUGUCACGUGAUUCUUCUUCUCUGAUUGUAAAAGGUAAAUAAGUUCGCUUCGGUGUUUCGACUUCGAGGGAUAUAUAAAGAAGAAAAUUCAUAUUUGUGAAAACAAAAAAAAUUGUGUGUCGUGCUAUCGGUAAGCAGAGUAUAAGACCUUUGAGACGCGAAAUUUAAAGUAUUAUGCUCCGUUUAUCGUUGGUGCGGCGCGAAACGAACAUCGCUUGGACUUCGACAUGUGGUAGGCGCCGGUGUGAUUGGCGUAACAAGUGCGUUUGCGGUGAAAAGCGUUUUCCCACAAUUCGAGGUGCAUGUAUUUGCGGAUAAAUUGUCACCAAAUACUACUGGCGAAGGAAGCGCCGGUCUUUGGACUCCUUAUCUUCUCGGGAUCACUCCUUAUAAUAAAAUAUCGUAAGUAUUUAACACGUAUCUCUGACGUCAGAUAAUUCAUGUAUAGUUCGAACAACGACGUACACACACAAUGGGCUGGAAUUACGCAUCGAUUGUUGGAAAAAUUUUGGAAAGCGGGCUUAGCAUCUGAUAUCGGGCUUUCCUUGCUACCAAUGUAUCGCGUUACCAAUAAUCCUGAUGGAUUUCCCGAUUUGAGUUGGACCAAAUUGGUAUACGGUGCGCACAAAUUAAAUUCGAACGAAUUGAAAGAGUUGAAUUCCGAAUGCGAUGCCAAUUAUAAACAUGCGUGGAUGUUUUUGACGUAUAUUUGCGAACCUAUUCGUAUGUUGCCUUGGUUAACGAAACGAUUUCUCGAAGCGGGUGGAGAAGUUCGAAAAAGAAAAAUACAUACGCUAUGCGAAUUGAUCGAUGAUGAAUACGAUUUGAUAAUAAAUUGCAGCGGCUUUGGCGCACGUGAACUCGUGGGUGAUAAUGCCGUUGUAUCUAUCAGAGGUCAAGUUGUUAGGGUGACAGCAUCCUGGAUAAUGCACGGAUAUUUGGAAGAAGACGAUCAUGGAAAUUACAUAAUACCAAAUAUCGAUAACGUAGUAUUGGGCGGUACGCAUCAAGAAAAUGAUUUGGAUUGUACUCCGCGGAAAGAGGAUUUCGAAUUUAUUCAUAAUGGGUGUUGUCGAAUUUUGCCCGCUCUUAAGAGUGCGAAAAUAAUAAAAGAUUGGGUUGGUCUUAGACCUGGAAGAUACGAAGUUCGCGUCGAGACUGAAGUUUGCCGUUCUUCCAACGGGAGACAAGUUACGAUAAUUCAUAAUUAUGGACACGGAGGAAGCGGCGUGACGUUAAGUUGGGGAUGUGCUUUAAAUAUUGUGAAGAUUAUAAAGGAUAUGACGAGGUUGAAAUCGAAUUUGUAAAAAUCUUAAAGAGAGAUAAGCAAUAGAGAAUAACAAAAUUUUUUUAUCAAA